AUGAGAACCCUUAGCUCCAGUAUCUGCACUCGGCUCUCCGCUCCGCCAUGGAAGGGGGAUGUGAGAAGCUGGGCUGAUGUCCUGCAGUUUCGAUGGAUUCACUUUGCAGAUGUUGAGAAGGCUGCCUGGAUCAACAAGAUUCUUCAGCAAGCAUGGCCGUUUUUUGGCAUGUACAUGGAAAAGCUUCUCAUUGAUAACAUUCAGCCAUCUGUAAGAUCGUCCAGCCCCCAUCUGAAGACCUUCACCUUUACUAAAGUUCACAUGGGACAGAAGGCUCCAACUAUUACAGGGGUACGAGUGUACACACAUGAGCUGGAAACAAGAGAGGUCAUCCUCGACUUCAACAUUAUUUAUGAUGCUGAUGUAGACAUUGAUGCAGAUGUUAAACCAGCCAUCAAAGUAGGAGUCAAAGGCCUUCAGCUUCAGGGAAUGCUACGUGUAAUUCUCGAGCCUCUGAUUGGCCAGUCACCCCUUGUAGGUGGAGUCACCAUGUUCUUCAUUCGUCGACCUGCUCUGCAAGUCAAUUGGACUGGAAUGACUAAUGUUUUGGAUGGUCCAGGACUAAGUCAUUUGUCAGAAUCGGCCAUUGUGGAUAUCAUCGCCUCUCUCAUGGUUCUGCCCAAUCGCAUGUGCAUCCCUUUGAUCGAUCAAGUCAAGGCUGACCAAAUGAAGUUUCCUCUUCCUCGAGGUGUUGUACGGGUCCAUGUUUUGGAGGCCCGGGAUCUUGUAGCAAAGGACACGCACAUGAUGGGACUUGUAAAGGGCAAGUCAGAUCCAUAUACUGUGCUGAGGGUCGGAAACAAGCAAUUCAAAACAAAGACCAUCAAAGAAACUUUGAAUCCACGCUGGAAUGAAGUUUAUGAGUUUGUCAUUCAUGAAGCUCCUGGGCAAGAGUUGGAGGUGGAACUUUAUGACGAAGACACAGAUGCUGAUGACUUUUUGGGCAGGUACAGUCUGGAUUGUGGGGAUGUGAGGAAAGACAGAGAAUUAGAUGAGUGGUUCACCCUGGAGGACAUUGAGACUGGUCAGAUACAUAUGAAAUUGCAAUGGUUUUCUUUGCACUCAAAUCCAGCACUUCUGAAGGAGACCAGAGAUGGGCUCGCCUGUGCCAUGUUGGCUGUAUACUUAGAUAGUGCCUUUAAUCUGCCUAAAGACCACCGUGAAUUCACCCAUAAUGAAAAGCAUGGAAAACCACCCAAAGAAUCUCGGCUCACCAGAAGAACUAAUGAUCCCAACUCAUGCGUGGAGUUUUCCAUUGAUCAGCAAAGUCAAAAAAGCAAGGUUGUGUUUGCCUCAAAAGACCCGACUUAUGAUGAAUGCUUCACAUUCUUUGUGCACAGUGUGAAUAACCAAGUGUUGAAUGUUGAGGUAAAAGAACACGAGAAAAAAUCCUCACUGGGCAAACUCACUCUGCCGUUGGUCCGGCUGCUCAAUGUAUCCGACAUGACCAUGGACCAGCGCUUUCAGCUUGAGCGCUCCGGAGCCAACAGCCAGAUCAAGAUGAAAGCUGUUCUCAGGAUUCUUAAUUUGGAGAAACUGGAACCAAAGGUUGUCGCUUCACCAAAUCAGGCUCAGGAAAACGUCUCAUCUCUCCAAAGUCGUCCUGAGCCUCAAACUCCAGCUCCAGCUCAGCCUGUACAGAGCAACCCGAAAGAAAAAGUGCCUGUUUCAUCUGUCCCAGUCUCUAGAACACAGGCUGUUCCUGCCCCUGUGCCAUCUUCAGUCAGCUCCUAUAAUGAACUCCAAGCGGAAUAUCCUCACUACCGACGAAGCAAUUUUGUUGGCACAGAGUCGCUGCGUUCGACUCCCUCCACCCCCAGUCAAAUGCGUCGCUACGAUUCCCACAGUCUGUUGUCAGAGAGCUCGAUAGCUUCUUCUCGCUUCGAUCUUAUGGACAAUGUCCCUUAUCCAGAGGCCAUCCUGCAUCACCAGGGCAGCUUUGGGCAGGUUCUUCUCACCUUGCGUUAUGCCACCUUAAGGAAGCGGCUCAUUGUUAUUGUCAGCUGCUGCAAGGAUCUGUUCUCCUGCAGCGAGAGCGGCUCUGAUACUUACGUUCGCAUGUAUCUGCUGCCUGAUCAGACGUGGAAGCACCGCAAGCGCACUCCGGUUAAAAAGAAGACCGUGAACCCUGUCUUCAAUGAGACAUUUGAGUUUGCCAUGUCAAUGGAGGAAGCAAGAACAAGAAAGCUGGAUGUUGCAGUAAAAAACAAUAAAAUGCUUCACAAAAGAGAGCGAAAGGAGAUUGGAAUGGUUUUGAUUGAUAUGUCUGAAAUGGAUCUGAUCAAGGGAUCCACAGAAUGGUAUGAACUCACUCUCCCUGGACUAAAGAAGACAAACUAGCAGAACUAGUAACAAAUGUAUUAUUUGCUCCUAUUUUAUUUAUUUUUUAUGAGGGACUAAGCAUUUUGACUCUGACUUGGUGAUUUGAAUACAUAAUUCCUAAUUCAACUCAUUUUGUGUCUCAUUGCUGAUGUUGACCUCAUGCUAUACUUUUUAUUUUACAUUCAUUUUCACUUAAAUUCAUUUGUGUGUGUGUGAUACAGUAGUUCUUGACAUGACAGGAGGUGAUCUGGAUUUAGAUAUUUUUUCAACCUUUCUGUCCAUGUGCAUAUAAAAUUUGGAGUUUUUGUUUAUAAAUAUUAUUACAAAGACACGUAUAUAGACAAAUCUGAUUUUAAAACUUAAAACACACAGUAUUAUUUUUGAUUGUUCUAAUGCAAUGCAAAAAGUAUCAGUUGUAUAAAGGUGUAAGAAAUAACAAUAAACAGU